UGAUAUCUUUCUUUCAGUGUCGUGAGAUCCUUGGUGACUGCUUAGUGGCAACAGUCGCUCAAAUCGUAUUAUUGCCAAUUAUUAUGGUGUAUAAGUUUUGUUAACAAUCAGCGUUGCCACUCUGUUUUGUUGAAAGUCGAUCUGAAUUCCAUAAGUUUGGAACGGUCGCAAGAAGAGGGAUCAUCAUGACUCGCGCCAACCUGACCACCGUCCUGUGGGCGCUAUUCUUGGCUGCCUGCAUCUCACACGCCGCAGCAUUCGAGGAUUUCAACGACACAGAGGAGGACCGUUUGGACGUAUCUGUUCGACCUGUUAAUAGAAAUGGCAAAAUUGUGUAUAUGGACGAGGAUUUGGUGAGGAAGUUGGAUGAAGAGCACAGCACUUGGCACUGGACCCCAUGGUUAAGGACAAGACUGGAAAUAUCCGAUGGUGUAGCUCGUGAAAUGCAGUGUUUUGCCAGAGACUCGAUCGACAGUUUCCCAGAUGGAUUGUUUGAUGAUGAACAACUAAGGCGGGGCGCUUUUAUAUUGUAUGCCAUGUUUGGUAUUUACGCGUUCACUCUGCUGGCCAUUGUUUGUAAUGACUAUUUCAUCCCUUGCGUCGAACUGAUUUGCGAAGAUUUAAAGAUUCCUCAGAAUGUCGCAGCCGCUACCUUCAUGUCAGUAGCCACAUCAUGCCCAGAGUUCUUCGUCAACGUCAUUUCUACUUUCUUGACCGAGUCCGAUAUGGGUAUUGGUACUAUUGUUGGAUCAGCUAUUUUUAAUGCUCUUGGUGUUGCUGCUAUCGGAUCGCUCGCUGCUAUUACGCCUAUCAAAAUAGAAUCACGUCCCGUCACUCGAGAUGUGGUCAUCUACAUGAUUAAUGUCGGUGUUCUCGUGGCUUUUGUAUGGGACGGUCAGAUCGACUGGUACGAGGCUCUCGUCUUGGGCAUCCUCUACAUCUUAUACUUCAUUAUUAUGUUCAACAGUAUGAGAAUGUUUGCCUUAUACGACAAGUGUGUUGCGAAGUACUUCAAGAAGAACAGAUCGCUGGACAUUACAGAAGUUAACGUUGUCGAAGAUUCGAAGUCAGUUGAAGACGGUUUUGACAACAAAGGAUUUACAGAUGUCAGUGUUAGCAGUCCUGAGAAAGUCUCAGUAGUCGAGAAGGUUGACGAGGAAGUGAAGAAACCAAAGAAAAGCUUGUUCAGAUUUCCCAUGGAAAAGUCUUGGGGCUACAGAAUCUGGUGGUUAUACGUCUGGCCCUUGAAACUUGUACUAGGAAUGACUAUUCCCAACCCAAAUAUGUUCAGGAGAAUAUACCCGUUGUCUUUCAUCAUGUGUAUCGUGUGGAUCGGCGCUAACUCUUACAUCGUGUCCUGGAGUAUGACCGUUAUUGGUCACACUUUCUUCAUUCCGGAAUCGGUGAUGGGGAUGACUUUCUUGGCCUUCGGAGGAUGUUUGCCAGAGGCCUGCUCAGUUUUCAUCAUGUCGAGACGAGGCGAAGGCGGAAUUGGUGUUUCGAACGCUUUGGGCGCCAACUCCUUGGCGAUAUUGUUCGCGUUGGGCUUGCCUUGGUUGAUCAAAACCCUGUCGCUGGUGGUGUCAGGGGCUGAUGACACAGCCGUCCUGAUCAACUCAGCUGGCAUAGACUUCGUUGUCGGCUCCCUCCUUGUUGCCGUGGCUUGCUUGUGGAUCACCUUGUUCAUCGGAAAAUUCACCCUGAGGAGAAGUCUCGGUGCUGUCCUCAUAGUACUCUACGCCAUCUUCAUCACCUUCGCGAUCCUUGUCGAAAUGGGGAUCAUUCUGGACAGGGGCAUUGCUGAAUGUUGAAUAAUCUUUACGCUAUAUAAACGGAGUAAGUUUGUUGAUAUAACCAUCACAAGAGGUUUUUAUUUCUCUUUGACUUAGGAUAUGCUCACUAGGAUCACCUUAGAUCGCAUUGCCACUAGAGGAACACAACAUUGUGUCAAAUUUAAAUAAAGAUGGCAGCGUCAUUAGAUUAUUUGUUGUCAUCUCAUUGGAUAAUUAUAAAUAUCGCAAAUGAGUGGAAAUAAUGGUGUACGAAGCUCUGUUGUUUUUUACUCUUAAAGUAUUUGCUGUAGCAAGUUGUAAUUAAAUUAAUGUUAUGACUAGUGCUGAUCAGAGUGGUCCUUUACGAAGAUCGCUGGGUGACACGACGUAGUGGGUUAACAAGAUUGAACAAGACCCACAUGAGUCGAGCCUGAGUUCUUUAUUAAGAAAUUUUACUUUGAAAAGUGAUGAUAAAAGUGAGUUAGGAUCUGAUUAUACGUUACCGACUUGGCUGUUGUAAGUUUAUUGUGACCGUACCAUUGUUACACGCACACUUGUGAUAUUUGCCUACUUUGUAUGCAUGCCAGCUCAUCAGUUCUAUACAUACCUACCUACAAUAUUUUUUUCUAGUACUGUUGUUAAGAAAUCUGUUAGGAUCGAGCGUUUUUGUUUCGCAACAGAUUUCUAUGGAUUCCUACCUCGAACAAGAUAUUGUUAUAAGUACUUUAUUUUUGCAACUUGAUGUACAUAAACUAAUGCAUUAUAGAUGAUAAGUAGAUAAGUAGAAAUUAUAAAAAUAUGUUUUAUUUAUUGUUUUUAGUGAGAAAUGCAACUUCAAUACAUUUUAUGGUUAGAUAUUGGAGUUGUAAAACAUUUUGGUAUUAAAAAUUCUCAAUUACUCAAGGAAAA